AUGAAAAAAGUAUUCCCAAUACUGUGCAUCUUGGCAUGUUUCCACCACGUUACUUCGACAAAAGACGUUAACACUAAAGAACUUAAAGGAUCUUUCGAGAACACAAACGUAGUCAAAGACAUCCUAAACACUAUUAGGAAACUACCAACCCAAGUAAUCACCAAUUUGGACACACUCAUAAGAAGAAAACGCAACCCGGGAGCUUCAGAAAUUUUAAAUGCUGUCAAUUCUGCACUUGAUUUCAAGCUAUUCACCAUCAAAGACAAAUAUGUUGAAUUAGAUGUAGUUGAAAUUGGGAAUAGUUUGUCGCUACAUGCUGUGAAUAUGAAUUAUUUCCGAGGUUUAGAAAAAGCGAUUAGACAAUUUGAUGUCGAUGCUGAAGCGCCUCAAGUAAAGAAAGUAACCAUUAAACAAAUUACUGACAUAGCAAAAAACAUUAACAAUAAAAUGCAACAGAGAGCUAGUGAUAUCAUGCUGCAAAUGUGUGAAUCCAUUAUAAACCCACCAGUUGGUCUUAUAAUCGCCAGCUUGGUAGUACUAAUUUGGACACUAAGAGGAGUAGAAUUCGUUUUUACAGUUCUCGGUUUAUUUACUCCAGCGUUUCAGCUGAUGGUCGAGAAAACAGUAGAAAUAAGGAAUUUUGUUGAAGUCAUUUACUUCCAGUUCGCUUCAGCUCAAGGUGCUGAUGGUAACGGCAUAUGUGAAAGUUCUGAUGCAAAUGUUGCAGUUGGUGUGCAGGAAAUUGUGAAUAUAUUCUUGGUCGUAGUUCAUAUAAGUUUGGAAAGAUUACCAGCGCUGAUAAUGAAUCUUGUGACUACCACUAUAGCUGCUAUUGCUGUUUUACUCAGUGGGAAUUAA